AGAAACGGAGCGUUCGUUAUUCAGUUCUUAAAUAGGUACCAUUACAAUGAACAACAUGGAUGAUGACGUAGACUGCUCAUGUCCAAGGACCACCAGAGAUAGCUCAAUCCACCACAUGAGCCAUUCGCAGAAGCGGCCAGAGCUGCCCCCACUGCCUGCUUCCACAAAUGAGGCACCGUCUGAACUCUAUCAGACUGUCAUGUCACACAGCUUUUAUCCCCCCCUGAUGCAACGUACGUCGUGGACUCUGGCUGCCCCCUUCAAAGAGCAGCAUCACCACCGUGGGCCCAGUGACUCCAUUGCCAACAACUACUCCUUGAUGGCCCAGGACCUGAAGCUGAAGAACUUGCCAACCUUCUAUCAGCCAGUUGCCCUCAAUAUCCCUAGGGAAAGGGGUCUUCACAGGCUGUUAACAGAGCCCCACAAGAAGAAGAUGAAGUUUUCCUUCAAAGAGAAAGAAGAAGCCACCAGGACCCCAUUGGUAUGCAUCUCAACCUGCCCACAUAUCAAGGAGAUGGUGGCAUCUUUAGAAUUCCCAGGAAGCCGACCGAUGAGUCCAGAAGAACAAAUUAAUGUGAUGAUACAGCAGGACUUAGAAAUAGAAAACAGAGAAGCCAAGCCAUCUGAAAUGGAUUUGGAGAGGUACUACUACUACUUGAUCCAUGGGAUCCAGAAAGACAUGAUUGCCCCGGAGGCAGAAGAGGUGAUGGCUCGAAUUUUAAAGCUGACUCCUAACAAGCUGCCAGCCCACACCUUGGAACCCCUACUCGAGGAGCUUUGUGAAGAGAAGAAAAAUGAUUAUUACAGUAGCCUCAUGAAGAGCAUUGUUGAUUAUAUUCUCCUGGACCCAACAGAAAGGGAAAGGCUCUUUAUCAACAGCACCCCGCGCUUGUUUUCUCAAAGAGUGAUACGCGCCCCUGUGCCCUGGCACAAUAUCUACAAGUCUGCCAAGCAGUGGAAUGAGGAGCAUUUGCACUCGGUGAACCCCAUGAUGCUCAAGCUAAAAGAUCUGUGGUUUUCAGAAUUUGGUGACCUCAGGUUUGUUCGAACAGCAGAAUUACUAGAAGGAAAAUUGCCUUUACAGCCUCACCAAUAUAAAACUCUGAUCCAGCAGCACUGCAUAGAGGCCCAUCAGAUUCUUCUCAAUAGGUGGAUCCCAACCUGUGCCAACCUUUUUAUCUCACAGAAGGACCAGUGGGUCCACUUGGCUCCCAAGAGUGACCAUGAGUCCUCCCGUAUCAUUGAAGAAUAUUUUGCCUCUGUUGCCUCCUUCAUGUCCCUCCAGCUCAGAGAUUUGGUCAUCAAGUCUCUCGAGGACCUGGUUUCCUUUUUCAUGUUACACAAGGACGGAAAUGAUUUCAAGGAGCCCUACAAAGAGAUGGACUUCUUCAUGCCUCAACUACUCAUGAUCAAACUUGAAGUCCACGACCCCGUUAUUGUCUUCAAUCCAUCUUUUGAUGAAUGCUGGAAUUUAAUACGUGACUCUUUCUUGGAAAUCAUUCAUAACUCUGAGAACAUCCCCAAGGUGGAAUCUCUCCUGUUCCCUGAACUGAAAGGCUAUAACCUGAUUCUUGGGACCAUAAGACCUGAAGAAAACUUAGUCUCUGAUUUUGUGAAUCAAACUUUUGAAGUAUUUCAGAAAAAUCAAGUUGGUCCUCACAAAUACUUAAAUGUAUACAAGAAGUAUGAUAACCUAUUGGAUAACAUGGCAGAGCAAGACAUCACUGCGUUCCUGAAAGAAAACCAUGAAAUUGAGGAUUUUGUGAAGAGGAUCAAUGAAAUUAAAAAGCUGAGAAAUGAAAUCGCAUCCAUGCACAUCACUGUGCCUCUGGCCAUGUUCUGCCUUGAUACCAUGGCCCUAAACUAUGAUCUCUGCGAGCGAGCCCAGAACCUAAAGGACCGACUGAUUCAGUACCAAGUGGAUGUAAACUGGGACACCAACACCAGCAUUUGUAAUCAGUACAGCCACAUCGCAGACAAAGUCAGUGAGAUUCCUGCCAAUACUGAGGAGCUGGUCUUCCUCCUUGAAUUCUUAAAGAAAUCCAGUGACGUCACUGUGUUCAAACUUAGAAGGCAACUUAGAGAUGCAAUUGAACGACUAGAGUUUUUGCUGGACUAUGCAGACUUGCCCCAAGAAGACAUCAAGCUGAACAGCACGCUGUUCCUCUGGCCAGACCAGAUUGAAGAUAUCUUUGAAAACAGUCGGAACCUGCUCUAUAACAAGAGGGAUCAGGCAGAGCUCGACCUGAUUAAAAGAUGCUCAGAAUUUGAGUCAAAGCUUGAGAGCUACAACAGAGAUCUUGAAACCUUCAGGAAGCGUGAAGUUAUGUCUACAGAAGAGAUGAAGAACAAUGUUGAAAAGCUUAAUGAGUUAUCAAAGAACCUGGAACAAGCACUGAUGGAAUUUGAGUUAGCAGGACCCCUCUAUUUACUGAACGCUGAGGAAAUCGCAGAAGAAAUAGGGAAUAUGUGGAGGACGAUCUAUAAACUGACCAAGACCUUAGUUGAUGUACCAGCACCCAAACGCUUAGCAGAGAAUGUGAAAAUCAAGAUUGAUAAGUUCAAGCAGCACAUACCAAUUCUGACCAUCUCCUGCAACCCAGGAAUGAAAGAUCGGCACUGGCAGCAGAUCAGUGAAAUUGUUGGCUCUGAAAUAAAGCCCAAUGAAACGACUUGCCUCCAAAAUAUGUUGGAAUUUGGAUUUGGAAAAUUCAUAGAAAAAUUGGAACCCAUUGGUGCAGCUGCCAGUAAAGAAUAUUCUUUGGAGAAAAACUUGGAGAAAAUGAAGUUGGACUGGGUUAAUAUGACGUUCAAUUUUGUGAAAUACAGAGAUACUGAUACAAGCAUCUUGUGUGCAGUUGAUGACAUCCAACUGCUUCUCGAUGAUCAUGUUAUAAAGACCCAGACCAUGUGUGGCUCGCCGUUCAUCAAACCAAUAGAAACCGAAUGCCGGAAGUGGGAGGAAAAGCUUGUUCGUGUGCAGGAAAUCUUGGAUGCUUGGUUGAAAUGCCAAGCCACCUGGCUGUACCUGGAGCCUAUCUUCAGUUCAGAGGACAUCAUAGCCCAGAUGCCAGAAGAAGGCAGGAAAUUUGCCAUCGUUGAUACUUACUGGAAGUCAAUCAUGUCUCAAGCAGUGAAAGAUGCCAGGGUCCUAAUGGCAGCUGACCAGCCCCGGAUGAGUGAGAAGCUUCAGGAAGCUAACCUUCUGUUGGAUGACAUCCAGAGGGGGCUCAAUGAUUACCUGGAGCAGAAGAGACUUUUUUUCCCCAGGUUCUUCUUCCUGUCCAAUGACGAGUUGCUGGAGAUCUUAUCAGAGACCAAGGAUCCCCUCCGCGUCCAGCCACACUUGAAGAAGUGCUUUGAGGGAAUUGCCAAGCUGGAGUUUUCAGAACACUUGGAGAUCGAGGGCAUGAUCAGCUCAGAGAAAGAAACGGUUCCAUUCAAACAGAAAAUCUACCCAGCUAAAGCCAAAGGCAUGGUCGAAAAGUGGCUUCAGGAGGUGGAGCAGAUGAUGCUUGCUAGCAUGCAAGAGGUCAUUAGACUUGGGAUUGAAGCAUAUGCCAAGGUUGCUCGCAAUAAAUGGGUAUUGCAGUGGCCUGGACAAGUAGUUAUCUGUGUCUCUUCCAUCUUUUGGACCCAGGAGGUGUCCACAGCCCUGGUCGAAAACACCCUACCAGAUUUUCUGGAAAAGAGCAAUGAACAGAUUGCACAGAUUGUCCAGCUGGUUCGGGGAAAGCUGAGCAGUGGAGCUCGGCUCACUCUCGGAGCCCUUACGGUCAUUGAUGUCCAUGCUCGUGACGUAGUGGCCAAGUUAUCUGAGGACAAGAUAUCUGAUCUAAAUGACUUCCAGUGGAUCUCCCAGCUGCGCUACUACUGGGUAGUCAAGGACGUGAAGGUGCAGAUGAUAACUACAGAAGUCUUGUAUGGCUAUGAGUACCUGGGCAACUCCCCCCGACUGGUGAUUACUCCCCUCACUGACCGGUGCUACAGAACAUUAAUGGGAGCUUUGAAGCUGAACCUUGGAGGUGCUCCAGAGGGCCCAGCUGGGACAGGCAAGACAGAAACCACCAAAGAUCUGGCCAAGGCUUUGGCUAAGCAGUGUGUGGUCUUCAACUGCUCCGAUGGAUUGGACUACAAAGCCAUGGGGAAAUUCUUCAAGGGGCUGGCCCAGGCUGGAGCAUGGGCCUGCUUUGAUGAGUUCAACAGGAUUGAGGUAGAAGUGCUAUCUGUGGUAGCUCAACAGAUUCUCAGCAUUCAACAAGCCAUUAUCCGGAAGCUAAAGGUGUUCAUGUUUGAAGGCACUGAGCUCUUACUGAACCCAACCUGUGCUGUCUUCAUCACCAUGAACCCUGGCUAUGCUGGGAGGGCUGAGCUGCCAGAUAACCUCAAGGCCUUGUUCAGGACAGUGGCCAUGAUGGUGCCGGAUUAUGCCCUAAUUGGAGAAAUUUCCCUCUAUUCUAUGGGGUUUCUGGAUUCCAGAAGUCUCGCCCAGAAGAUUGUGGCGACCUACCGCCUGUGCUCCGAGCAGCUCUCCUCCCAGCACCACUACGACUAUGGCAUGCGGGCCGUCAAGUCUGUGCUCACUGCUGCUGGCAACCUGAAGCUCAAGUACCCGGGGGAGAAUGAGAGCGUCCUGCUGCUCCGGGCCUUGCUGGAUGUCAACUUGGCCAAGUUCUUGGCUCAAGAUGUCCCUCUAUUUCAGGGAAUUAUAUCAGAUUUGUUUCCUGGAGUUGUUCUUCCAAAGCCAGACUAUGAUAUUUUCAUGGAAGUGCUGAACAAAAACAUCCAAAAGAUGAAACUCCAGCCAGUUCCUUGGUUUAUUGGAAAAAUUAUUCAGAUCUACGAGAUGAUGCUGGUAAGACAUGGUUUCAUGAUUGUCGGAGACCCGAUGGGCGGCAAGUCCUGUGCUUAUAAAGUGUUGGCUGCAGCUCUGGGUGAUUUAUAUGAAGCCAACCAGAUGGAGGAGUUUGCCGUCGAUUACAGGGUCAUCAACCCUAAGGCUAUCACCAUGGGGCAACUGUAUGGGUGCUUUGACCCGGUGAGCCAUGAGUGGACUGAUGGUGUCCUUGCCAACACUUUCCGAGAGCAAGCGUCUUCAGUAUCUGAUGAUCGCAAGUGGAUUAUAUUUGAUGGCCCAGUGGAUGCUGUUUGGAUUGAAAAUAUGAACACUGUUCUGGAUGACAAUAAAAAGCUGUGCCUAAUGAGUGGCGAGAUCAUCCAGAUGAGCCCCAAGAUGAGCCUGCUCUUCGAGCCGGCUGACCUGGAGCAGGCCUCACCAGCAACUGUAAGCAGGUGUGGAAUGAUCUACAUGGAGCCUCAUCAGCUGGGUUGGAAGCCCUUGAAAGAUUCAUACAUGGACACCCUGCCCUCCAACCUCACUGAGGAGCACAAUGCAUUGGUUGAUGACAUGUUCAUGUGGCUCAUCCAGCCCUGCCUGGAAUUUAUUCGCCUUCAGUGUAAAUAUGUGGUCCAAACGUCUCCCAUCCACCUUGCCUUCUCAAUGAUGAGGCUGUACUCCUCUCUGCUUGAUGAAAUCAGGAAACCGGAAGAGGAGGACAGUGAAUUCUCUGAUGGCUUGACAAGCCAACAGAUCUUCCUCUGGCUGCAAGGCUUAUUCCUCUUCGCUUUGGUGUGGACUGUGGCUGGCACCAUCAAUGCAGACAGCAGAAAGAAAUUUGAUGUGUUUUUUCGCAGCUUAAUUAUGGGCAUGGACGAUAACCACCCAAGGCCCAAAAGUGUCAAACUCACCAAAAACAACGUCUUUCCAGAAAGAGGAAGCAUCUAUGACUUCUAUUUUCUUAAGCAAGGUAGUGGACAUUGGAACGCAUGGACAGAGUAUAUCACCAAAGAAGAGGAAAUGAUCCCAGCUAAUGCAAAGGUCUCAGAACUCAUCAUCCCCACAAUGGAGACAGCCCGGCAGACCUUCUUCUUGAAAACCUACUUGGACCAUGAGAUCCCCAUGUUGUUUGUGGGUCCCACAGGCACUGGCAAAUCAGCAAUCACCAACAAUUUCCUUCUCCAUCUUCCCAAAAAUAUCUACCUUCCCAACUGCAUCAAUUUCUCUGCCAGAACCUCAGCCAAUCAGACGCAGGAUAUCAUCAUGUCCAAGCUGGAUCGGCGGAGGAAAGGCCUCUUUGGGCCUCCCAUCGGGAGGAAAGCAAUAGUGUUUGUGGAUGACCUCAACAUGCCAGCCAAAGAGGUGUAUGGGGCCCAGCCCCCCAUUGAGCUCUUGAGACAAUGGAUUGACCAUGGUUAUUGGUUUGAUAAAAAGGACACAAAUAGACUGGACAUUGCAGAUGUACUGCUUGUGACAGCGAUGGGGCCUCCUGGCGGCGGAAGGAAUGACAUUACCGGGCGAUUCACUCGCCAUCUGAAUAUCAUUUCCAUCAGUGGCUUUGAGGAUGAAAUUUUAACCAAGAUUUUCAGUUCUAUCGCUGACUGGCACUUUGGGAGAGGGUUUGAUGUGUCAUUCUUAAGGUAUGGAAAGAUGCUGGUGCAAGCUACUAUGACAAUUUAUAAGACUGCAGUAGAGAAUUUCUUGCCAACUCCCUCCAAGUCACAUUAUGUCUUUAACUUGAGGGAUUUCUCACGGGUGAUUCAAGGAGUACUGCUCUGCCCUCAUACCCACCUAAAGGACGUAGAAAAAUUUAUCCGGCUUUGGAUUCAUGAGGUUUAUCGAGUCUUCUAUGACCGUCUGAUUGACAAUGAUGACAGACAGGUCUUCUUCAACAUGGUGAAGGAAACCACUGCCAAUUGCUUUAAGCAGACCAUGGAAAAGGUCCUCAUCCACCUGUCACCCACGGGAAAGAUCGCCGAUGAUAACAUUCGUAGCCUCUUCUUUGGAGAUUUCUCCCAUCCAGACAGUGACCAGAAGAUCUAUGAUGAGAUCACGGACCUGAAACAGCUCACAGUGGUCAUGGAGUCCUACCUGGAAGAGUUCAACAACAUCAGCAAGGCUCCCAUGUCCUUGGUCAUGUUCAGGUUUGCCAUUGAGCACAUCUCCCGGAUCUGCAGGGUCCUGAAGCAGAGCAAAGGCCACUUGCUCUUGGUGGGCAUUGGAGGCAGUGGGCGGCAGAGUGCCACCAAACUGUCCACGUUCAUGAACUCAUACGAACUGUACCAGAUCGAGAUCACCAAGAACUACACAAGCAACGAGUGGCGGGAGGACUUAAAGAAGAUCAUGCUGCAAGUUGGCGUGGCCAUCAAGAACACUGUGUUCCUCUUUGCCGAUAACCAGAUCAAGGACGAGUCCUUCGUGGAGGACAUCAACAUGCUUCUGAACACAGGUGACGUGCCCAACAUCUUCCCGGCUGACGAGAAGGCUGACAUUGUUGAAAAGAUGCAAACGGCGGUCAGGACAGAAGGAGAGAGGAUGGAAAUCAGCCCUCUUUCUAUGUAUAAUUUCUUUAUCGAGAGAGUGAAAAAGAACCUUCACAUUGUCCUUGCCAUGAGUCCGAUUGGUGAUGCCUUCCGGAACCGCCUGCGGAUGUUCCCUUCCUUGAUCAACUGCUGCACGAUUGAUUGGUUCCAGUCCUGGCCCACAGAUGCCCUGGAGUUAGUGGCUAACAAAUUCCUGGAAGAUGUGGCUCUCGAGGACAACAUUCGAAUAGAGGUUGUCUCCAUGUGCAAAUAUUUUCAGGAGAGCGUGAGGACUCUGUCGCUCGAUUUUUACAACACACUACGCAGACACAACUACGUCACCCCCACCUCCUACCUUGAAUUGAUUCUUACCUUCAAGGCACUCCUGAAUAGCAAGAGGCAAGAGGUUGAUACAAUAAGGAACCGCUACCUGACAGGCCUUCAGAAACUUGAUUUUGCAGCUUCACAGGUGGCCGUCAUGCAAAUAGAACUGACUGCCCUUCAGCCUCAACUUAUUCAAACAUCCGAGGAAACUGCAAAGAUGAUGGUGAAGAUUGAAGUGGAGACGAAGGAAGCUGAUGCCAAGAAACUCCUGGUGCAAGCAGAUGAAAAAGAAGCCAAUGCCGCCGCCGCCGUUGCUCAAGGAAUCAAGAACGAAUGUGAGGGGGACCUAGCAGAAGCGAUGCCUGCACUGGAAGCUGCGCUCUCAGCACUGGACACCCUGAACCCUGCCGACAUCUCCCUGGUGAAGUCCAUGCAGAAUCCCCCCGGCCCUGUCAAGCUGGUUAUGGAGAGCAUUUGUGUCAUGAAAGGACUGCGACCAGAGAGGAAGCCGGACCCUGGUGGCUCUGGAAAGAUGAUCGAAGAUUACUGGGGGGUGUCAAGAAAGAUCCUUGGAGAUCUGAAGUUCUUGGAGAGUCUUAAGACCUAUGAUAAAGACAACAUUCCCCCUACGGUCAUGAAGCGGAUCCGGGAAAGGUUUAUUGAUCACCCAGACUUCCAGCCGGCUGUUAUUAAAAAUGUGUCAUCAGCCUGUGAAGGCCUAUGCAAGUGGGUGAGGGCCAUGGAGGUGUAUGAUCGUGUGGCCAAAGUGGUGGCUCCCAAGCGGGAGAGGCUGAAGGAGGCCGAGGGGAAAUUGGAUGUACAGAUGCAGAAAUUGAACCUGAAGCGGGCAGAGCUAAAGCUGGUGGUAGACCGCUUGCAGGCCCUAAAUGAUGAAUUUGAAGAGAUGAACAUCAGGAAAAAUACCUUGGAGGAAAACAUUGAAAUCUGCUCCCAAAAGCUCAUCAGGGCAGAGAAGCUUAUCAGUGGUCUUGGAGGAGAGAAGGACCGAUGGACAGAAGCUGCCCGGCAGUUGGGGAUCCGCUAUAUUAACCUGACGGGGGAUGUGUUGGUAUCCUCGGGGACCGUGGCUUACCUGGGGGCCUUUACAGUAGAUUACCGGACCAAAUGCCAAAAGCAAUGGUUGGAGCAGUGCAGGCAGAAGGUCAUUCCUGGCUCCAGUGACUUCAGUCUCAGCAACACAUUAGGGGAUCCCGUGAAAAUCCGUGCCUGGCAAAUUGCUGGGCUGCCCAUUGACUCCUUCUCCAUUGACAAUGGCAUCAUUGUGUCCAAUUCCAGGCGCUGGGCCUUAAUGAUCGACCCUCAGGGGCAGGCCAAUAAAUGGAUCAAGAACAUGGAGAAAGCUAAUAAGCUCUCAGUCAUCAAGUUCUCGGAUGCCAACUACGUGAGAACCCUAGAGAACGCGCUGCAAUUUGGCACCCCUGUCUUACUUGAAAACAUUGGCGAAGAGCUGGAUGCUUUCAUUGAGCCCAUCUUGCUCAAAUCAACAUUCAAGCAGCAAGGGGUGGAAUACAUGAGGCUGGGUGAAAAUAUCAUCGAGUACUCCCGGGACUUUAAGUUAUACAUCACAACCCGUUUGCGGAACCCACAUUACCUCCCUGAAGUCGCCGUGAAGGUCUGCCUCCUCAAUUUCAUGAUCACACCCUUGGGGCUCCAAGAUCAACUCCUAGGCAUCGUGGCUGCCAAGGAGAAGCCAGAACUGGAAGAGAAAAAGAACAAACUGAUUGUGGAAAGUGCCCAGAACAAAAAGCAGCUCAAGGAAAUUGAAGAUAAGAUCCUGGAGGUCCUCUCCAUGUCCGAGGGCAACAUCCUCGAGGAUGAGACGGCCAUCAAAGUCUUGUCUUCCUCCAAAAUGCUGUCUGAAGAAAUCUCUGAGAAACAGGAAAUUGCUUCUGUCACAGAAACGCAGAUUGACGAGACUCGGAUGGGCUACAAGCCAGUGGCUGUCCAUUCUGCCACCAUCUUCUUUUGUAUCUCUGACCUAGCCAACAUCGAGCCUAUGUACCAGUACUCCCUCACGUGGUUCAUCAACUUGUACAUCCAGUCCCUGGCUAACAGCGAGAAGAGCGACGAGCUGGAUCUCCGCAUUGAGUACAUCAUUGAGCAUUUCACCCUGAGCAUUUACAAAAAUGUUUGCCGCUCUCUGUUCGAGAAGGACAAGCUGCUUUUCUCCCUUCUCCUGACCGUUGGCAUCAUGAAAGAGAGGAAACAAAUUAAUGAGGACAUUUGGUACUUCCUGCUAACUGGAGGGGUUGCCCUGGAUAACCCCUACCCCAACCCAGCUCCCGACUGGCUGUCUGAGAAAGCAUGGUCGGAAAUUGUCCGUGCAUCCUCGUUAUCCAAACUGAAGGGCCUAAAGGACCAUUUCGCACACAGUGUUGAGGAAUGGAAGUUUAUCUAUGACGCAGCCUUCCCCCACGAGGAGACGUUUCCAGGACAGUGGGAGUUCGCUGAAGGGCUAGAAAGGAUGGUGAUCCUCCGCUGCUUGCGACCAGACAAGAUUAUUCCAGCGGCUCGGGAGUUCAUUUCCGAACAAAUGGGAAAGGUAUACGUUGAACCUCCUACAUUUGAUCUCCAGGGUUCCUAUUACGAUUCCAGUUGUUGUGCACCAUUGAUUUUCGUGUUGUCUCCAGGCGCAGACCCAAUGGCAGGCUUACUGAAGUUUGCUGAUGAUAUUGGAAUGGGAGGUACCAAAACACAGACCAUCUCCCUUGGUCAAGGCCAAGGCCCUAUUGCUGCCAGAAUGAUUCACACAGCCAUCAAAGAUGGGACAUGGGUAGUCUUACAGAACUGCCAUUUGGCCACAAGCUGGAUGCCUGCACUAGAGAAGAUCUGCGAGGAAGUCAUUGUUCCUGAGAACACCCACAGCGCUUUCAGACUCUGGCUAACCAGCUACCCAUCAGAGAAGUUUCCGGUCAGCAUUCUCCAGAAUGGGAUCAAAAUGACCAAUGAGCCCCCCAAAGGUCUUCGAGCCAACCUUUUGCGCUCGUACCUCAAUGACCCUGUCUCGGACCCUGUGUUCUUUAAGAGCUGUUCAAAGGCAGUAAUGUGGCAAAAGCUCCUGUUUGGCCUUUGUUUCUUCCAUGCCGUCGUUCAAGAGAGGAGAAGCUUUGGACCCCUGGGUUGGAAUAUUCCUUAUGAGUUCAAUGAAUCUGACUUGAGGAUCAGUAUGCGGCAGACGCAGAUGUUUCUGAAUGAAUACAAGGAGGUGCCAUUUGAUGCUCUGAUCUACCUGACAGGGGAAUGUAAUUAUGGAGGCAGAGUCACUGAUGACAAAGACAGGCGUCUUCUGAUGUCUCUUCUGUCCACGUUCUACUGCAAGGAAAUUGAGAAGGACAACUACAGUCUCGCACCUGGAAACAUUUACUAUAUCCCUCCCCACGGCAACUAUCAGUCCUACAUCGAGUAUCUUAGGGGCCUCCCCAUCACCUCUCACCCAGAAGUGUUUGGUCUCCAUGAAAAUGCUGACAUCACCAAGGACAACCAAGAAACCAACCAGCUGUUUCAGGGGGUGCUGCUGACCCUCCCUAGGCAGUCAGCAGGGAGUGGCAAGUCUUCUCAGGAAGUGGUGGAGGAGCUGGCUCAGGACAUACUUUCUAAGCUUCCAAUGGACUUUGACCUGGAAGUGGUCAUGAAGCUGUACCCGGUGGUCUAUGAGGAGUCAAUGAACACCGUCCUGAGGCAGGAGCUCAUCAGAUUCAACAGGCUGACCAAAGUGGUCCGUAGAAGCCUCAUUGAUCUGGGGCGAGCUAUCAAAGGGCAGGUCCUGAUGUCCUCGGAACUGGAAGAUGUCUUCAAUAGCAUGCUUGUGGGUAAAGUGCCCGCCAUGUGGGUAGCCAAGUCCUACCCGUCACUGAAGCCCCUGGGGGGUUACGUGACUGACCUGCUGGCCCGCCUGACCUUCUUCCAGGAUUGGAUUGACAAGGGGCCCCCUGCAGUCUUUUGGAUCUCAGGAUUCUACUUCACACAGUCCUUUUUGACUGGAGUCUCCCAGAAUUAUGCCCGGAAAUACACCAUCCCCAUUGACCACAUCGGAUUUGAAUUUGAGGUGACCAGGCAAGAAACUACCAUAGAGGAUAAUCCAGAAGAUGGGGCCUACAUAAAAGGGCUCUUUUUAGAAGGUGGACGUUGGGACAGGACAACAAUGCAGAUUGGGGAAUCUCUCCCCAAAAUCCUCUGGGACCCGCUGCCCAUCAUUUGGCUGAAACCUGGGGACAGUGCCUUGUUUCUGCAUCAGAACAUUUACGUGUGUCCAGUCUACAAAACCAGUGCCCGGAGGGGAAUCCUGUCCACCACAGGCCACUCCACCAAUUAUGUUCUCUCCAUUGAGCUCCCCACAGACAGGGCCCAGAAGCACUGGAUAAAUCGGGGGGUGGCCUCCUUAUGCCAGCUGGAUGACUGAUGGCAUCUCUCUCCAUCAGAAAAUAAAAUGCACUUCCUUCUUGACUA